AUGUAUUCAUUAGCCAGAUCAAUUCCUAGAGUUCAAUUAACUGCCAAUGUUUUUAGAAAUUCUUUAAGAACCUAUGUUGCUGUAGGUGACAAAAUCCCCCACACCACUGUCUACGAAGGAUCUCCAGGAAACGAAGUUGAUUUGGCCGAAGAAACCGCCUCUGGCAAGUCAAUUGUCAUUGGUGUCCCAGGAGCAUUUUCACCAGGCUGCUCCAAGUCCCACGUGCCUGGAUUCAUCAAGAAUGUCCGUGCUUUCAACGACAAGGGCUACCAGAAAUUCUUUGUUGUUGCCGUGAACGAUGCAUUUGUCACCAAAGCCUGGGGUGACCAAUUGUUAGAGUCAAUUGCUGGUCAACAAAUCAGAUUUAUUGCUGAUCCUUCUGGUGCCUUCACCAAAGAUCUCGACUUGUUGUUUGAUGCUUCCAAGUUUUUCGGUAACGAGAGAUCCAAGAGAUACGCCUUGAUUGUUGAGGAUGGUGAAGUCAAGAAAACUUUUGUCGAGCCAGAUAACACCUCUGUGGAGGUCUCAUCUGCUGCCAAAGUCUUGGAUGAAGCUUAG